AUGGAGAGUGUGGUACAAGUGAAGAGUGAAAGGGUACAACAAUCUAUACAAGGGGUAGUGCUUCAGAGGACUAGGUUGAAACUGUGGUUUAUUCCUGUUUUUGCUAGCAUUUUGGUAUGGGCCUGUUUGGUUCAGCUUUGGCAUAUGCGCUUGCUUUCGGGUUUCACUCGUUUAACUAAAGUAUCGGUUCGUGUUGAUGAGACUAUGCAUUCAACUACACCUAGAAAUUAUACAAGUAAUGGGUUUCUUCAAGUGUCCUGCAAUGGUGGUUUGAACCAAAUGCGUGCCGCGAUUUGUGACAUGGUGACUGUUGCACGACUUUUAAAUUUAACGCUGGUUGUCCCAGAGCUUGAUAAAUCAUCAUUCUGGGCAGAUCCUAGCGAUUUUGAGGAUAUUUUUGACGUGAGACACUUCAUUGAUUCAUUAAGAGAUGAAGUCAACAUAAUAAAGAGACUGCCAAAGAAGGUUGCCAGGAGCUAUGGAAACCAUCCAAUAGUAAUGCCUCCUGUUAGCUGGUCAAGUGAAAAGUACUACCUGCAACAGAUUCUGCCUCUCUUCAGCAAGCAUCAGGUUAUAAACUUCAACAGGACAGAUACUAGGCUAGCAAAUAAUGGGAUCCCUCUUGAGCUUCAGAGACUUAGAUGUAAGGUCAAUUUUCACGCUCUGAAAUUCACACAAAAGAUUGAGGCAUUGGGACAAAAGUUAGUCCAUAUGCUUCAGCAGAGAGGACCAUUUGUAGCAUUGCAUUUACGGUAUGAGAUGGAUAUGUUGGCUUUCUCUGGUUGUACUGAAGGCUGCACAGAGGAGGAAGCAGAGGAGCUCAAACAGUUAAGGUAUGCAUUUCCAUGGUGGAAAGAGAAAGAGAUUGUAUCUGAUGAGAAGAGAUCUCAAGGCUUGUGUCCCCUCACACCGGAGGAGGCAACUUUGAUUCUACAAGCAUUGGGUAUUGAAAAGGAUAUGCAGAUUUAUAUUGCGUCAGGUGAUAUUUAUGGCAGUGAACAAAGACUUGCUACACUAAGAACUGCCUUUCCAAAGAUCGUGAAAAAGGAAAUGUUGCUCGAUCCCGAAGAGUUGCAGCAGUUCCAGAAUCAUUCAUCUCAAAUGGCAGCACUGGAUUUCAUAGUAUCAAAUGCUAGUAAUAUAUUUAUCCCUACUUAUGAUGGCAACAUGGCUAGACUUGUCGAAGGUCAUCGUAGGUAUCAUGGUUAUAAGAAAACCAUCCUAUUGGAUCGCAAAACUUUGGUAGGGUUAUUGGACUUGCAUCACAACCGGACCCUUUCAUGGGCUGAGUUUUCAGCUGCUGUGCGACAGUCGCACGAGGGAAGAAUUGGACAACCAGCUCAUCGAAGAGUUAUCGAGGACAAACCCAAAGAAGAAGAUUACUUUUAUGCAAAUCCUCACGAGUGUCUGUGUGAGAGUGCAACAUGUGAAGGUCUUGAUAAUUCAACUGAAGUUCGAUGAGACAUGUCCACCAAGAUCAUGACUUGCAUAGAUAUUCGGUUCCACAGCCUAAUGCACAGGCAUUUUUUU